UUGGCACCGCCUACCGCCUGUCAGACUGCGUUCAGGGCGCAACCCCACAGCGGAGCCCUUGUAGCUAUGGAAACUCGUCGAUGGCAACAUCCACCAGUCUUUUGUGCCCUCAUCCUCCUCUUACCUCUCAGAGGUGCUGAGUGUGUGCAGCUGUAACCGAUAAAUGAUACGCUGCAAGAUGGCGAUUGCGCGACUCGUAGCCUGUUUUGUGCUUUACAGCAGCCUAGGUCACAUUCCAUCAUCACUUGGGGUAAUCCUCCGGACCACGGACAAGAUUGUUUGGGCAAAUGAGUUUGAGCCCAUCGAACUGACCUGCUUAAUAGAGUCCAUCUCGACAAACAACCCACGGAUCGAGUGGAAAAAGAUUAAAAAUGGUGUUCCCAGUUAUGUGUACUUUCAAAACAAGAUAGCAGGGGACUUGGAGAACAGAGCUCAGCUCAGAGAGCCGGCCAACAUUCUGAUCUUCAACGCCACUCGAUCAGACACAGCAGAGUACCGCUGCGAGGUGGCCGCCAUCGAUGAUCAAAGGGACUUUGAUGAAAUACUUAUUAGUCUUGCAGUAAGAGUGAAACCUGUUGUACCACGGUGCAGCGUGCCAGAGGCCGUCACAGUGGGAACAUCAACAGAGCUGCGAUGUCUGGAAAAUGAGGGCUUUCCCGCUCCUCAGUACCGUUGGUUUCACAACAAUGAAGAGCUUCCACAGGAUCCCAAAAACAGCGCAAAGUUUGCCAACUCUUCCUACAGCAUCAACCCCGACACCGGAGGCCUGAAAUUUCGAAGGGUCAGGAAGGAGGACGCGGGGGAGUACUACUGCCAGGCAAAGAAUGAUGCGGGGCAUGCACAGUGUCCCACGCAAAUAAUGGAAGUCUGUGAGUGACAUUCACACCAGCCAAGCAGAUCUUUUGACAGCACUUUAAGCCAAAAGCAAUAUCAGACACGUUCACUCUCAAGUUUCAGGUUAACACGGCAAAGAGAAAAAGUGUGAAAUAACAGAAGGAAGCUAAAACAUAUGAACACAGACAGGACAGACAGGCGCGGCUUCACAUGUAGGAAUGAAAUAAACUUUAUCUCAAACCAAACAUAACAAUAUUUUUCAUUAAUUUUACCCCAAGCACCACUGUUCCCACUAAAUAUUAUAUAAACUAUUUAUAGGCCAAGCAUACUUUGUGCUUAUAACUGCCAUUUGAAGGCAGCUAAGGGAAACUAAUUCACUCUGCUGAGCAUCAUCCCUUUGCAACGAACUGGAUGCAGGAAAGCUCCAGCUGUCCAGGUCAGUCUGAUCUCAGCACCUCGCUGGGAAGCAACAGUUUCAGAC